UUACGUCCGCGGUGAUUAAAUCGCUGACGAAAGCAACGCCAGCAGCUCUGCUGCAAUAAUGAAACGCGAGCAGCAGUUCUGAAGGACAGCAGAGACCGUUCGCGUCUGUCAUUGACAGCAGGCGCUGCGGUUUGUUAGGCGAAACCGAUUCACGUCGAAGAACCCCGCGACAUCCGCAGAUGAAAUGCACCUGCCUUCAGCGACCCAUUUUCUCCUUCUAGACCUCAAGGUCCUUCGCCGGUAAUGUAACCGUAAGAACGGGCACUGAUGUCACACAUUGGAUCUAUCUAUUGAGUGAACGCGCUUUCACAUUUAUCAGCUCUCUGAACACAAAUACAUUUAUCAGGGAGCCUGGUUUCCAGCGGUGCCAGUAAUAUUUCCUGUCAACAUACCACCAGUUCUUUUCAGUCUGUCUUGAACGAGGAAAUUGGAUAAGGAUGGAACCAGAGCAACAUAUUCAAAGCCAGUGCAAGACUAAUGAUCUGGCAUCAUUUGGACAACCAAAAGGAGCAGCAGAUACAUCCCCAUCCUCCACAUCUUCUCCUUCCCCUUCUACACCACUGAUGGCUCCAGCCAGGCCCCGUCGGCCUCAGAGGAGCCCGCAUGUGGAAGGAUCUAUCGACGUAUCGGAGCCCAAGUCUCCAGAAUCUCCUAAACCACUGCAGCUGAGCAACCAGGUGGAACCAACCAGCCCCAACAGCUCCAAUCACCCCUCAGAACCUCAGCCUACACUCAGUGUUGAUCCCGGACCUCCAAGUUUGGCUGGACAGAAGCUUUCAGGACAUACUGCAGUGUCUCGGAGCCACAUUGCAAUGAGGGCCGCCUCGCUUCCUCAGGCCCCGUCAUACAGACCACCACCUACCGAUCCCGUCUUUCACCCACAGAGGGCCCUGUCUGUCGCUGGGACCGCCGACACUCAGCCGCAGGUGGUGGAGGAUUUCAGGGUGCACAUUAUCACGUGGAACGUGGGCUCAGCCAUGCCUCCUGAUGACAUCACUUCAUUACUGGGGCUGAAUGUUGGUGAUGGGAACACAGACAUGUAUAUUAUAGGCUUACAGGAAGUGAACUCAAUGAUCAACAAACGACUGAAAGAUGUUCUUUUCACUGACCAGUGGAGCGAGGUCUGCAUGGAUGCUCUCAGCCCCUUUGGAUAUGUACUGGUCACUUCUCAGAGGAUGCAGGGAAUGCUGCUGCUGGUCUUCGCCAAGUACUUUCACCUGCCGUUCCUGAGAGGCAUUCAAACACAGACCACUCGCACCGGCCUCGGCGGGAUCUGGGGGAAUAAAGGAGGUGUCAGCGCUCGCAUGAAUGUGUUUGGCCAUUCAAUCUGUUUCUUGAACUGUCAUCUGCCUGCACACAUGGAGAACUCAGACCAGCGCAUGGAGGACUUUGAAAGCAUCCUGCAGCAGCAGCAGUUUGAAGGACAAGCAGCUUCAGGCGUCCUGGAUCAUGAUGUGGUUUUCUGGUUUGGAGACCUGAACUUUCGAAUCGAGGACCUGGAUAUGCAAGUUGUGAAAUCAGCCAUUGACAAUAACAAACUGUCCACAUUAUGGGAAAAAGACCAGCUGAACAUGGCUAAAGGCAGUGAGACUGUGCUUGAAGGCUUCCACGAGGGGCCGCUUAAAUUCUCUCCUACAUAUAAGUUUGAUGUGGGUACAGACAUGUAUGAUACCAGUGGUAAAAAGCGUAAGCCAGCAUGGACUGAUCGUAUUCUUUGGAGGUUGAGGCCGAUGGCUCAGGUCAGCAACAGCAUGUCGAAGCGCAGUUCUUUGUCAGGUCUAACCAGCGGAACUCGUGUGUCACAGCAUUUUUACCGAAGUCACAUGGAGUACACCAUCAGUGACCACAAGCCCGUCUCCUCUAUUUUCACUCUGCAGUUCCCAUAUAGGGUGGACAUGCCUUUAGUAACACUCUUUGUAGAGGAUGAAUGGACAGAGAUAUCCGAUGCAGUGGCCAAAUUCAAGGUGGUACCCAACUUUGCUCGAAGCUCUUGGGACUGGAUUGGGCUUUACAAGGUUGGGUUUAAACAUCAUAAAGACUAUGUGAGUUAUGUUUGGGCCAAGCAGGAAGAGUCUGAUUUCUUGAGACAGGAGCACCAAGUGAUUUUUACCGAGGAAGAAUUGCCAAAGGAUUCUGGGGACUUCAUACUGGGUUAUUAUAGCAACAAUAUGAGCUCCAUUGUGGGUGUCACCGAGCCAUUCCAGAUUCAACUGCCAGCAUCCGCCGCAGCUGGUCUGAGUCCGUCUGACAGCUCUGACUUCACAUCUGAUGAUGAGGUGAAGAAGAGCGACUCCUGUGACUCCAGCCCUGAGACUGAAGAGAAGCAGAGCAGCAGCUGGAGCUCCAGACGAGCCGAAGGGAAGACCGCAAACCCCAACGAACCGCACUCCAAAGACACCUCUGCACAUUCCAGCUCCAGCAGGCCGACCGGUGGGACCGCCGGGUCCUUCGGUGACCCGGUCGCUACGGAUGACAGAUCUAACUCAGGAAAAAAUGCAACCAAGCCAGAGGAACCUUAGCUAAGCUACAGCACCUUCUCUGGAGACAGAUAUCAGCUCCAGGCUGGGGUCACAGGUUUCUGCUGGGUCUGUGAUGUCGUUGUACUUUUACUGUCCUGUGAUGUUGUUUGGAGAUGUUGUCUUAUAUGUUGCAGGGCAGAAGCAAGUGUUUAGUACGUGGCUCCCUCCAGCAAACACAAGAGGGCAGACUAAUGUUUGUGCCUGUUCAGUGUAGUCAUUCUAUUCAUAUUCUUCCUCUCCUAUUCCUUUCUAGCUGCACAAGACUAAAUCUGAAACACUCAGAAACAAUCUUAGAUAUACAGUACAUGCAUAAUAAUAUGUGAUUCUUGGAUUUGGUUUUCCAGGAUCAACCAGGGAUUAAUGCACAACAGAACACAAUUCUGGUUCUUACUGGAUAUACUGAAGCAGAUCCUCUUAAGUUUUCCAGUGCUCUGUUCCAAACUCUAGAUGAGCUGUCUAUCUAGGCAUCAUUAGCUAUGUUUCCACCCAAAGUAGUGAAUUGAAUUUAUGCACAAAAUUGAAAUAUCGCUCAAAAUUUUUAUAAAUAAAGCACCGUUUCCAUCCAGCGAGAUGAAGAUAACAAAAUCGUAACUUCCUGAAAACUGUUGCCACAUAUCACUAAGAAGCCACUGUGGGUCUUUUUUGUAAAAUGAAUUACGUAAGGCGCAGAGCACACAGACAAAAUGCAAUAAACACAGUUUGCAUUCGGAGGCGGAUGCCUGCUGUUUGGAAAUGCAGACAGUUCUGUAAGGUUAUCAUACCGAACUACUUUGGCGACAGACUUUGGCUUAAGCUUUUAAAAAUGACUAAAACAUUUCAGAUGCUGUGCAACAUGAUCGGUCCACCGGUUAGUCCAGUCAAAAAAGUCACAUGACUUUUUAGAUGCACAUCAAGGAAUUUAUUUACAGUAUAGUUUGUGUGCAUAUGUUUAUUUCUUAUCAGAUAAAAAAUGUAUCUGCCUCAGUUGAUUGCAUACAUUUUUUGAAUUUUUGCACAUCUUGCCAUUUCCAUCAUGUGUUUUUUUACGCAGUACCCCAAAUGUGUAUACAAAUAGGUGGAUGGAAACAUAGCUAUUGACACGCACCAGACUCUCAGAUUUGAUGCUGUCUGGUAAGAUAUCUUGUUUUGGCAAAGCAUCUCACUCCUCAAGGAUUGGGCAAUCCCAGACUGCACUGUGAGAAAUACUUGUAAAUAUUUUCAAAUAUUAAUCAAUUCUGAAAAGAUUGGAGUAAAACAGCUCUGUCUCAGUGACUAUUUCAGGCAAUAUUUAUGUAUGCUAUGUAAUUUGCUACAUCAGAAUAACCUCAGACUCUGUCUGAGGUAAUCAACUGUAAGCAUUAGUCUGGUUUCUCAUGGGAAGUGGUGCAUUAAAAGACUUACAUUUCAUUUAGGACACUGCCUUGUAAGAUAGAUAGCAGAGAGCUGGGCAGUUCCUUAGGAUUUGGAGCAGAGCUCGUGACUUUACAGUGUCCUGCCAUAGAGGAUGUUGAGAAUACCCUGCUGAAGGUGACAUGCUGUCAUCGGCACCUUAUUAAGCCAGGGAAACUUUUAUGAUAACAAUACACAUGCUCUGAAAAUGCGUAUUUACUCUCCUCAGGUUCUUGAAAGGCAGGCACACAGAAAGGGAUAACUCUUGGCUAAUGCAGCACUCGGUAAAGUAAAGUACAGUUUGUAUAUUAUUCAUGUCAAUUACCAUCUUAACCAGCUGUUAGCAUUUUACAGUGUUAUAGGAUAUUGAUGAAGUCUAUUGCUCUCAAAGUUGUGACUGCCGUGCCGUCAUGUUCCUGUGGUUAAUGUUCUCAAAAAUAAUUUCAAAGUAAUGUCCAGCUCUUCGACCUGCUAGUUUAAAGUCAACAUGAAAUGUCGUACACAAACCAAUUUUGCAUUUUAUAUUUUAGAAUGAAACAGGACUUUGACCAGUGACUCAUGCACUGUAAGGGCCUGUUCACACAAAAUGUGUUUUUGCGUUUAAGAACACAUGACACAGGGGAGUAAAAUGGAAAAAGCACACUUUUAACUUGAAUAUUGCAUUUUUUAAAAUGCUAUGUCAUGCGUAAGAUGCUGCAAAAGACAUGACAGCAAAGGUCAAACAUGUACGUAGUGCGAAAUGCACUUGACAUACAUGAACAAUUUUUAACUUGAGUGCUAUAUUUUUAGAAUGCCACGUCAUGUGUGAGACACUGUAAAAGAUGCAAGCACAAACAAACACGUCCGUCUAGUUCACAUUUACAUACAAAAAACAAAAAACUAUGGAAAAGAUUAGCAGUGGAAUGCAAAAAAGAGUUCUGUGUAAACAGCCAAUUUUUUAGUACACAUACAUGGAAGAACACUUUUUACUUUUUAGAAUGCUGUGUCAUGUGAGACGCUGCAAAAGAUGCAAGCACAAGAGUAACAAAUGUCCAUGUAGGCUAACAUAAGAAAAAAAUGAAAAUGAAUUUGCAGUGGGAUGCAAAAAUUAGUUUUGUAUGAACGGCCCCUUAUGAUACUUUCCUACAAACGUCUUAUUACAAUUUGAUGGAAGAAUAUAAAGAAAAACAUCUUUUUACAUGUCGCAUUCACCAGUGACUUAUGCGCUACAAGGGCCAGUUCACAGAGUGUGUUUCUGUUUUUUAAAACAGCGGAAUGAAAAAAUGCAGAGACAUCAAUAACUUUUAACUUGACUGCUAUGUGUUUGGAAUGCUGAAUUGUGUGAUAUCCUGCAAAAGAUGCAAGAUUCAAGUGCAAUGGUCAAAAAUGUCAGUCUAGUGCAAGUUUAUGUAGAAACACUGGAAAAGAAGUGCAGUGGAAUGCAAAACGCAUUUUGUGUCAACGACCCCUUAAGGUGUGUUCAUGCUUAAAUCGCUGCUGGAGCUUGCCAAACUAGGCAUUCCUGUAUUAUCCGACUGUAACAGACAACACAACAUCACAUAGCUGCGUAUUUGCAUAAAGUUAAACUCUGCUCAACUUUAUCGCAUUGACAGCGAUUUCACCAAAUGAUUUUCAGUUGUUUCGUCACUGUCAGGGAACACACAAUCCAGAAUUGCGCAAAAAGCAUCGAUUUUGAUUUCAUGUUGACUUUAGCAUGGUUUCUAUCUGAUCUUUAGUCUGACUACUUUGUGACAAGUAUUGUAUCAUGACUGUACUGUACAUGUGGUAGGAAUCCUAGCAUAUGUGUUGUCUAGGGCUUUCUAGGAUUUAUCCUACAUGGUAAGAUCUCUUGUCUCCUCUACAUCGCUUCUCCUUUCUCUGUAUUUCCUCUCCUCUUUCAUUCCUCAUCUUGUCUUUUUUGUCUCCAGUUCGACCCCUCCAGGGUCAUGGUAUCUGUUUUGACGUCGUCUACAGGGCUCUACUAAGUGCUCUGAUAUCGUAAUCUAUUGGAUUAGUAGUUCGUAACCCAUAGAAAUUUUGUACCAUGACUACUUAGCCUUAGGACACGUGGCGUGCUGUCUCACUGUUUACAUGGUUAGCUGAGUGAGAGUAUAAGCGUGUCAGUGUAUAUGUCUUUGCAUGGACGUGUCAUGGAUAUUCACAGUAUCGUGCUGUCUGCCACCUUUCAAUAUCGUAGAGGUGUCGAGAUGUGUCACUUCUAGAUGGAAUGGAAUAGAGAAAAUGUGGAUGAUGGAAGACAUGAAAUCGUUCUUUUACAUUCUAAUCUUUAUAGUUUGCUGUUGGAAUAUCUUUGGAAAUCACAAUCUGGCAUUCUGGAACAAGAUUCUUUUUACUAGAAAUACUGUAAGUUAAAAGUCUAUAGCGAGAAAAUGGCAUUUUGACAAACGCUGAGGCAACUUAAUUCUAGAUAUUUGUAUGUGUUUUAGAUAAUCUCUUUAGGUAAUCUCUAUUUUUCGUAGGACCUUCACAACACUGCUCAUGUCUGAUUUCUUCAAACCUAGUUCAUUUGCAACAUUAUGUAUUGCAAAAAAGUAACCAAAACCAGUGUGUUAAUACUCAUUAUAUUUUUAUACUCCAUUAGCCAUACAAAAUUUAAAAGCUAAUAUGAAUAAGAUGCAGUAUUGGAAAAUUCACUUUCCUUUCAAAGCCAAAUAAAUGUUUUGCAAGUGCGAGUGUUUGAUAUUUUCAAUAAUUUUGGUUGUCAUGCUUUUUUUUUUAAAUUAUUACUAUUUUAUUCUGAGAAAUUAAUAUAUAGGCAUGCGAAGGGAAUCUUAUUAGCAGAAAUGAGCUCAAUGCUUAUUAUUAGAUGAGAUGUGGGUAUAUAGAUCCAGUAUGUAGAACAGAUGACAAUCAGUGCCAAAACAGUGAAGAAAUUUUAAGAUUAUAUUUAUUUUCUUAUUCAUGCCCUUAUGUGCAUGUCAGAUUCUGCUGGUCAGCGUGUUCAUUUCUAAAUCAUUAUGAAGAAGGUGAUUUGUGAUUAUAUUGAGAAUAUGAAUUUAUAAUUUUAUUUUCCUUUAAGAUUUUUCAGUUCUGCAUCUUUUUUGCUCAUUAAAGCAAAUGUCACAUACCCAUUGCCGUUUGCUUUAUAUUCACCUUGAUAUAACGAAACACUUUUUUGGACUUGUAUUGGGCAGAAUGUAUUGAUUUGGUAUUCUUGUGAAUCACUGUUCUUGGUUGUUGUUGUACAAUAAUGGUGUCUUGCCUUAGACAACUGUCAAAUAUUGGUGUCAAAAUGAAAAUAAAUCCUUUUGAAAGUGGAAUAUUUUU